AGGAGGCUGCGAUGGAAACAGGAUGAAACUGACGGGAUGUUUUUCCGAGGAAAGUGCCCCUGGGGUGUCGUUACCUGGCGGCUUUCCGGAGUGUUUCAUUACCAGAACCAUUUAUUUGAGGAAAAAAGAGGACUGUGUUACAGUUUUGUCGAAGCCUGAGGAUUAUGGACCAUUACAAUAACGACCGGCUGCGUAUCACGGUUUUGGAUAACUGCUCGUAUACUCUUUGUUCUUCUUUGUGGUCUUUUCUUUAUUCACUAGUCUACAGCUUACGCGUUUUCAGCGCCUUCUCGCAGAACAUUUUUCUCACAAGAUGUUGAAUUUAGCGCUCUCACGACGUGAAGGAUAUUCUUGGCACGUUAUUUUUUGCUGUCGGACAUGAAGGUGUAAGGUGCACAAACCUGUGGACAGGCGCCGUUUCGCAGACAGUAUGAUACGAUAUUUUGACAUAACCGUUAUUCUUUGUGUUACGCUCUAUUGCGCAUGCCUAGUGGUAGAUAUAGAACGCUGCCCGACGCCACUUCGCUCCGUCCUGGCCGUGAUGUAGGAGCAAAAGUGAUGGGAGCGGAGGAGUAAAUAAUGCGUUGGCAAAGUGGCAGUGUGGCGACUAAAGGAUUUGACUUUAGAUCCUUCACGAAAUAGAUUGUGCCAUAAGCUGAAGAAUGUCAGGGAUACCAAAUGCAGACGCUGAAGGAGUAGUCUCCAAAGUACAAGUGAAAAGGGAGAUCAAGACAAUCGUGGAGAAUUUGGAAACCAUCCUGGGAGACCUCAAGGAUGUAGCCAAAGAGCUUAAAGAGGUUGUUCAUGACAUUGACACCCUGACUGGUGACCUGCAACUGGAGGAGGACGGACUGACAGACAGUUCUAAGACAGACACGCUCAACUCCAGUUCAAGUUCCACCACCACCACUACCACUGCUUCCAGCCUGGAGAAGAUGAAAGUCUUCCCUGAUGACUGCAUUUUCAGACUACCUGCCCCGGUUGCUCCAGUCCCUGUUAACCCCCCUGCGGUCUUGACUGUACUCAAGAAACCCCACCCUCCCCUUCCACCUCCCAGACUUACCCCACUGAGAGCCGAGGAUCACAACAUAAAGAAUCUGCCUCAUCCAACGUUAGUGUUAUCAGGGAAUAUGUCCAAGGCUACUGGGUCUGUAAUAAGGAAUGGCGGGGUUUUUCCAUUGAAACCAAACAGGGAUCUAUUCUCCUCCACACCGUGUUUCAUUUCCAGUGACAGCGGAAUCCCUGAGUCAGGUCUUGUUCCGACAUUACCCAGGCCCAUGCCUCUUCUCCACCACGAAAAGAACAAAUGCCCCAAGGACCCUGGCAGGGAAUCUCGUGAGAGGGAGCGUGUCCGUUUCAGUGAGAAGGUCCAGUACCAUGGCUACUGCCCGGACUGUGACCUCCAGUAUGAUGUGGACGACACAGAACUACACUUACAGGCUGAGCUGAAUGACUUGAGGCUCAGCCCAGUGCAUUGCUGCUCUUCUUCCUCCCCUCCUGCUCAUGCUCUUCCACAUGAACUAAUGCUGGAAAAUGGAGGCCUCUCGGUCAGCCACAGUUUCCCGCCAACGUUAAACACUCCUCUACCUUGUGUGCCUCCUCACCCGCCUUCCCUCAAGCCCCAGAAAACAAUCCUACGCAAGUCAACAACUACCACGGUUUGACACCGAACCUCUUGUUCUGUCUAAUUUAAACAUUCUUGAAUCAUUCAUAGUAUUUUCUACUUUAUGAGCGCUAUCUACUCCAGUUGAACUUUGGAUUAUCCAAACAGAAGGAGAAAGGGUUGGGAAAUAGGAAACAAAAGAAUGGAUAAAGUGAGGGGAACAGAGAAAAAGGCAUCGUCAUAGGCGCUGAGACAUACUCAGAAACAUCAGGAAGAAGCGGGCCCAUUGAGAUACAUGAGAUACAAGUGGAAGGGGUGCUUGUUUCAUACAGCAAUCGGGGCUGGUCGAUCAGUGAGGGAGGAGCCAGAGUCAAGGCCAAACAUCAACCUUUUUUUACAUAAAGCACUAAUGGCUCUCAACCACAGGGAGACAAGAUCAUUCAAAAAAUUCAUACUUUGACUUUUGAGCACUGAAUGACCUCUAGGCACAUUUGUGCCAGGGCAAUGUUGAUAAGGAAUGGUAUCCACUGUAUGUAUGUGCAUACAGUUGUGGAGGGGAUAUUUUUGUUACAGAGAAACAGUUAAAAUUUAGAAUGCUGCUGAAACCCUAUCAUCAAAAGUAAAGAGGCAAGUAUAGAUGAAGAGGUAGAAGAUGGGGUGAAAUGAUGUCAGCCAAUUUCUGAUUGAUGUCUACACAGACUUUUGCUCUGUGCAUACUCAGAUGGAAAUCAAUAGCUCCACUCAACCGAUGGAAUUAGCCUUUCAGGAAUUGUAAUUGUUUGUGAGCCUGACAGGUCUGACUGUGAGAAAAACGCUGCUUUGCUGGACUGAAGACAAGGUGAAAAUAAUAUUAUGUCAGUAUGCACAAUCACAAUUUAUUUUUGGAAAGACUAAUGGUUUGAAAUGAAUGACGAUGUGGUCACUGACCUGUGUCCAAACAUUAAGUUCAUUGUACAAAAUCAAAAUCUGUGUGCUCAACUGGUGCCAUGCAAACUAUGUUUUUGUUUUUUUGUUUUUCACAACAGCAUGCAGAGAUGGAGUGUAGUGGCAUUGUUAGAGCUUUAAAGGAUCCUUGAGGAAGUAAUAAUUUGCAUCAAAUUUUCUUUGUACACAAAUCUACAUGUACAUGUUUGAUAUCUAUAUAUUUCAGGCAUUUUUCUACAGAGACUUUAACAUUUAAAGAAAUGAUAUUUUUGAUAUUGUGUUAGAUGACUGAGAGGUAUUUUGAUGAAAACUGACAUUCCCUUGAGGUGCGUGUUUUUCAGCAGCUCUUAGCAGGAUGAGUCAAAUAUUUAGUACCAGGAUGGUGUUUGUAUGGAUGGACAUCAAGUGCUUCAGUCUUAUCACGUCAAGAAACUUUACAGAAUGAGCUGUAUUGUGAGAAAGAAGGUGUAAUGAUGAGAAGAUAAACGGCGUAAACCAAAUACCUAGUUGUGCUUUAUCAGACGGGAGGUAUGGGGAUGAAUGAAUGCAUGACUGACUCUUCAGUUUGUCCUGCCAUCACUGUGUUUUUCUAUGCAUUUCUGUGGAGAGGCUGUCUGUUGGUGAGUCCAACAUGCACGGUGCUCUGCUCUCCUUAUUAUAAAGUUGAGAAGUUUUCCUAUCAUUUCCCCACAUGAUGUCCAUCAGCUUAUUUCUGCAGCCACCAAAACCUGACAUUUGUCUUGGGUUUUAACACAUUGCUUAGGCCAAUGCGUCAGUGGUAAUUAAAUAAUAAUAGUAAUAAUAAUAAUCAAUUUUAAUCAUAUAGCACUUUUCAAACCCAGAGAUUACAAAGUGCUUUGCAAGGUGAAAAAAUAAAGAAACGGGGAAUAAAAAGGAAGAAUGUUAAUACAGUAUAUAUAGGUGAUCACUUUUUUUUUUUUUUUUUUUUGAGAUCAAUAAAAGGGUGAGAAACGGAUGCUGGGGAGCAACAAAACUUUUUUGAUGCACACAGCCUCUCUCCACAUUCAGACCGGAGGCACCACACAUGUAAACUCCACCUCUUUGUUCUCACUGGACACAGAGACUGAAUUCAUGACCAAACUCUGGAUCAACCAAGAAUAAGUUUUAAAGAUAAUUAGAAUGUCUCAAAAAGCUGUGAGUGGUAUUUUGUUCUGUGUGUCCACAAACUGUUGGAAAAUAACUUGUGAGAA